AUGACAUCGGAUAAGAUAAGAAUCGCGCUUUUUCCUGGAGCUACUUUGUCGGAUUUGAUGGAAAUUCUCCAGAAACAUAUACAUUUCAUUUUUCUUCGAGAGGUUAAUAUAGGACCAUAUCUUUACUAUCUGUUAAAGGUAAACAUCGAAACUAGAGAUCUCAUAUAUGUAUAUAACCAAUGGUUUGAUGAAGAUUUGGUUUCUUUACGACAGGAACCAAAGGUCACGGCUGUUGAAGUUGAAGUUGAAUAUUUAAUGGAUGACAAUCUGUAUGAUUCUGAAGUACAGCAGCUAUGGAAUUUGAAUGGUUCAAUAACUCCCUCGCAAAAUAUUCCAAUUACAUGGGAGAGUAAGUUGUAUACAGGAAAGGAUCAGACAAUUGCUUUUGUUGAGCUGGAAUAUAUGCAGAUAAAUCAUCGAGAUCUUGUCAACCAAGUCGUUCAAGACAAUACUAUUAACUGGGAUUACAGUAAUAACUCACCAUACCCAACCUCACCUUCACCUCAUGUGCAUGGCACAUAUGUGGCAGGUGUGGCGAUAGCACAAGGGGGAAAUGAUUUUUGUCUCGUUGGCGUCGCACCUGGUGCUACGGGAAUCGCAAUAUCAAUCGGUAGAAAGGCGACAGAUUCGGACUGCGCAUCAGCACACACACAUCGACUGGGUAAAGUUGACAUUUACAAUGGAUCAUGGGGUCCAAAGAAAUUUACAGCUAAAUUCAUGCACGUUCCUGUAUGCGAAUUUGCAAUGUCGGAAGGCGGUACUAAGGGCCGUAAAGGCAAAGGAAGUAUCUACGUCAUGUCAGCAGGUAAUGAUGGUCCAAGCUUCAAUACAAAUACGUUUUCUCUCAGAAAUAGCAUAUAUGUUAUAAUCGUGUCGGCUGUCAACGCCAGAAGGGAACCGCCAUCAUACGCUCCAGUCGGAUCGUCAAUCAUGGUAGCAGCAUACGGCGGUGACGACAAUUUAAAAGUGAAUUUACUAAACCCAAUAUCAGAGUGUAGUAAGAUGGAUUCCGGUACAUCAAUUGCUGCUCCUACAGUCAGCGGAGUUAUAGCCCUUGUCUUAGAAGCUAGGCCUGAUUUAUCGUGGCGUGAUAUUCAACAUCUUAUAGUAUGUACAUCAAAUACUAAUCUGAAAGGCACGUUAGUCGAAUGGCAAAGGAAUGGCGCAGGAUUUUUAACCUACAGAGGGCAAGUAGAACUGUAUUUGAUUUCACCGCGAGGGACGAAAAGUUACAUUUUAACUAACAGACCAGCAGAUAGGUUACAGUCAGAAACAUUUACAUGGGAAUUUAAAUCUGUGCAGUCCUGGGGAGAAAAUCCAUGCGGAACAUUCCUCCUUAGUUUUGGUACAAGGACCAAGGACGUAACAGUGAAGCUUGAGUCUUGGCAUCUUACUCUGUAUGGCACUAUGGAGCCUCCACCAUCACUUCAGGCAUGUAGCGCAGCCAAACAACGUUUUUGA